AUGCUUUUACCUACAUAUGAGUGACCCACACAGCAGUUCGGAACAUCUCCGAGCAUCACCUGGCCAAUGUGGGGUGACCGAUGUGAAGGUCAUAUUUUCCCUAUAUGAGUGACCCAGGCAGGAGUUCCGAACAUCUCCGAUCAUCACCAGGCAGCACCAUGACGUACACAGCAGUGGUUCUCUCGACUCUCCUAGUCACAGUUCUAGCUAACUCUAUAACAUUCAAAGACUGCGGUUCAACUGGCGCCACGAUCCAGUCCGUAAACGUAGAAGGGUGUACAGCACAGCCAUGUCAUCUAAUCCGCGGAAAAAACGCCACUUUAUUAAUCAACUAUACAUCAACUGAAGACGUAUCUCACCCAACCAACGCCAUAUACGGUAUUAUUGAUGGGGUCCAAGUAAAAUUCCCAACGGAAGCGGAUUGUUGUGCCGGUAAAAAUCUCAACUGUCCUAUCAAGACCGGAAGUUCGUCACAGUACACGAACUCCAUUUUCGUCGCAAAUUCCUACCCAAAGUUGACGCUUGUUGUGAAGAUGUCAGUCCUCGACGAUAAUAAGAAAGACUUUAUGUGCGUGGUGUUCCCUGCUGUCAUCGCCGAUAGUUAACCCUCUAAUAAUCAUAAUCUUAUUAAUUAGUAUUGUACAAUGUUUUUGUUAUAUUUAAAAUAAACUUUAUAAAUAAACA